AUGGCAGACCCAUCAACUACCGAGCCACAGGCUCCCGUAUCCCCCGAUGCGCCCCAAAAUCCCAACCCGAAUCCCGAAGAGAUGACCGUGGCAACAAACGGCGCCGCGGACGACACUCCGCAAGGAGAUCAGCAGCUCCAGACGACCAAGAAGACCAAGAUCAUUCGCAGGAAGAAACGACCAGCUAGGAUCCAGAUUGACCCGUCCAUCAUCAAGCCUGAGCCCGCGCAGCAACCCGGAAUGGACUAUAAUAUCUGGUACAACAAAAGCGGCGAUAACGAGGACAAAUAUGGAUUGAGCCAUCCGGCGCCGGGUCGCUGCAAUAUCGCGCGCGACUCCGGAUAUACUCGUGCGGAUCGUGUUCCUGGUUCUUACUUUUGCAUACAUUUUGCCCGAGGCGUUUGCGUGAAAGGUCAGGAUUGUGAAUACCUACAUCGUCUUCCGACGAUUCAUGAUAUAUUCAAUCCGAACAUUGAUUGCUUUGGCAGAGACAAGCACAACGAUUACAAGGAAGACAUGUCAGGAGUUGGGUCGUUCAUGCGCCAAAACGUGACUAUCUACGUUGGCAGAAUCACAGUCUCGGAUGACAUCGAAGAAGUGGUUUCAAGGCAUUUCGCAGAAUGGGGCCAGAUUGAGAGAAUUCGCGUACUGACCGGCCGAGGUGUCGCUUUCGUGACCUAUUCAAACGAGAGCAAUGCGCAAUUUGCUUUAGUCGCUAUGAGCAAUCAAGCCUUGGACCAUGAAGAAAUUCUCAACGUACGCUGGGCGACCGUUGACCCGAACCCCAUGGCACAGAAACGCGAAGCACGACGGAUAGAAGAGCAGGCUGCCGAGGCCGUGCGCCGGGCUCUUCCCGCGGCCUUUGUAGCAGAGAUUGAGGGCCGGGACCCGGAGGCGAAAAAGCGAAAGAAGAUUGAGGGAAGCUUUGGGCUUCAAGGUUAUGAUGUUCCGGAUGACGUGUGGCACGCCAGGACACGUCAGUUGGAGGAUUCAAGCCAAGCUGCUCAGCUGGAGGCGCCUGCACAACCGAAGAUGAUUGAGUCUGCUCCGGCUCCGGUACAAGAGCAGCAGCCGCAGAGGAAUGGCAUUUUCUCCGGUUCUGCUGUAGCGGCUCUACGGAGUCUUAAUGGGACGGUGAAGACGCAGGCACCCAAGGCCACUGGUGGUCCAUUAGUUGCCUACGGUAGCGACGAUGAGAGUGACUGA